UAUGGAGAUGGUUCCUCUAAUUAGUGUCUCAGUUAUCAUUGACAGCCUGCAAGGGGUCCUUUCAGGUGUUGCUAGAGGAUGUGGCUGGCAGCAUUUAGGGGCGUAUGUCAACCUUGGGGCUUUCUAUCUUGUUGGGAUUCCUAUAGCUACUGUAUUGGCUUUCCAUUUAAAUUUCAGAGGAAAGGGCUUGUGGAUUGGAAUCAUGGUUGGUUCUUCUUUACAAAUAACUCUGCUAUCGAUUAUCACAGGUUGCACAAAUUGGCAAAAGCAGGCAAUCAAGGCAAGGGAGAGAAUAUUUGAAGGAAGAUUUCACUAGAGAAUGGAUCAAAGUGAAUGAGCAAGGUUACUGGUAAGCUAUUGUGUCAUUCUUUCGUUCUGGUAGUGCAUCCGAAAGAUGAUACAAGGGUGAAGAAGAAAAUAAAGCUAACAGUAGCAUUGCUUGAGAAAUCAAUAUAUUGUUCUCAGAAGAAGUUUACUUACUGGGAACACAAAAGCAAUGUAUUGAAAAGGAUUGAAAGCCAAGGAUAUCCCACCCUCAACUUUCUCACAAAACAACUCUUAAGAUGUAGAUAUACAAUAAAAAGGAAUGCUAGCCCUUAGUGCCCUUGAACUCUACAAACUACUACAUUAUUUGUGGGGUUAGAAUCUUCAUUUCCGUAUAUAUUCAUUCCUGAGCUUUUCAAUAUAAGUAUGGCAGGUGGGAUCUUUGGAACGGGAA